CGAAGAGCAUAGAUGGCUAUUACAUUCCUGUUUGUGGCACAUAUACAAUCGCUAUUGGCUCCUCGGUAGAACCCCCUCCCUACAUAAAUUUUCAUGACGACGGGGCACGGCCCGCCUAUUAACUCAAGGCAGGGUGGACGUUUCUCCUCGGGAGGUGCAGUUUGUUUUCAACAACAAAAACCUCCAUAUUUUCCACGGAAGUGGAGCAGGGUAGCAAGCUAUCGCGAUACCUGGGAUUUAUUGACGGUUGUUGCUGCUCUUUACCGUGAAUUCUGCGGAUUAAAAGUAUUAGUGACAUCCUGUUUCGGUGUUAAGAGGCACUAGGUUGCGAGUAUUAUCAAGCUGCAACAAGACAACCGCCGAGCUUGUUUCUUUGUUAGUUACCGUGUUGUUAUUGCAGGAAGGAAAAUGUCGGUAGAACCUAUGGUCAUCACAUCGGGGACCCCGAGUUCACUGCCAGUGGUUUUGAAGAAAAUAAUGGAAAUGCCUCCGCCGAAUAUACUGGACGGCGACGAUGACACUGACAAAGAAAAGCUGUGUCUGGGAGACCAUGUCGACCUGGGGGGAGGAGGUAGUGAUAUGGGUCCGUCAGCCGCCUUGACUCCUGCUAUCUGGGAGAAGACCAUUCCCUAUGAUGGUGAGAACUUCCACCUGGAGUACAUGGACCUGGAGGAGUUCCUUAUGGAGAAUGGCAUCCCUACGCCUGAUGAGGAAUCUCUGAAGAGCUGCCCAGAAAGAGUCACCAUAAAGACAGAGAAACUUGAGGCUGCUAGGUCAGCGCAGACUGAGGAUACUAAGCCAGCAUGUGUGUCUCCGGUGGGCCUGCUGCCCGUUCAGGAGCUGGACAAAUGUAAGGAGGAUGUGGUGAUCAUCCCCCAGGGUAGCUCAGUGAUCACCUGUGAUGUUACUGCAGAGGUGACCACUGAAGAGGACAGAGCAACUCCUGAGUCCAUCAACCCUGAUGAGAUUGAGGUCAAUGUCAACUACAAACCAGAUCCCACUGACCUGGUCCUGUCAAGUGUGCCUGGGGGCGAGCUGUUUGACCCACGCAAACACAAGUUUUCCGAAGAUGAGCUCAAGCCACAGCCUAUGAUCAAGAAGGCCAAGAAGGUGUUUGUGCCCGAAGAACAGAAGGAUGAUAAGUACUGGGAGAGGAGGAAGAAGAACAACCUGGCUGCCAAACGCUCGCGUGAAGCUCGCAGAUUAAAGGAAAACCAGAUCACUGUCCGAGCUGCUUUCCUGGAGCAUGAGAACACAGCACUACGUUUGGAGGUCACGGAGCUACACAAGGAGUGCAGCCAAUACAAGAACAUCAUGAGCCGCUACGAGGCCAAAUUUGGACCACUCUCGGGGCUGGAAGACCAGUAGACACCAGCUGAUUUAUUCAUUUAUUUUUCUAAUGAAUAAAAACAUUAAUACCAUUUGGGGUGGUACAUGAGAGCACUAGAAUCAGUCAGAUGAAGAAGAGGAUGAAGAGGCAGAGGAGGAGUGUGUGUGAGGGCAUGACCUCUUGGAGGUGCAAUGGCAUGUUAAGACCUGAUAUAUGGUUUAUAUUUUUUUUUUUUUGUGACUUAUAUUCAUCGUUCAUGUGAGAGAAAAGGGGUAUUCAAGUACUUCUUCGGUGCACUCCUUUAAUGAAGUGUACUUUUACCGUGUUUUGUAGGCCUUUGGCUGAAAGAGACCAUUUAUCAUAUUUAUUUUGGUGAAACUAUGGGGGGUUGUAUUUUAUAUAUAUUAGACUGCAACUUGGACUAAAUUCUUAGUUAUUACAGUAACAUAGUAUCGGAAAUUAGCUGAUUUAGGUUGCCUCCAGUUCUUUCCAAAUUUAAAUGAGUUCAGAAGUUCACCUGCCUGUUUUCAUUUUUAAAUUUGUUAUGUGAAGACCUGGGAUUUUUUUCUUUUUGAUCACCAAUGUUUAACUGUGAUAUUUCUAGUAAGCUUCUUCAGGGGAAUUACAGGGACGUGGCCAAAGCACAGGCAUGUUCACUUCUCUUCAUGUCUCUUCAAGUGGCCCUGUUCUCGGUGUACGUCUCACUGUUGCACUCGUGCUGUGUUCUUCAGAAAGUAGGACGCUUGCUUGGUUUUCUGCAGGUCGCCAUGUUCACUUGAUCAGUUGCAUCAGAAGUGCUGUGUGUACAAUCCAUGCAUGUACUCCAAAUAGUCAUAACCUAAAAUGACACUUUCUAGCUUUUUUUUCCCCCAUCAGUUUUACAUAUCUGUUCAGUAUCCCAGGACAUAAGAACUCCAAUACAGCACCCAGCAAGUUUUAAAUGGGCUUUGUUCAGUUAUGAGCAGUGAAAUUUCCAAACUAAAAGCUUGAACCUCUUGUUGAUCAGCUGACAUUUGCCUCCCUGCUGGCUAUGUCUCUUGAGUGCUUUAUUAAAGGCAGUUAGUUAGGGCUGUGUGAAAACACACUGUGUUGUCUAGAGCAACGGCCUAAUUAAAUCCACCCAGCUCGUACUUAACAGCAGGUCUACAAUUAAAUAGCUUGAGAUAAAUUAACAAAACAAGGUAGUCAGAGCACAUGGACUGCAGCAUCUGUUAAAUGUUCUCCAAGAGGUCAAAAUAUAUCAGCUGUUAUGAUUCAUUUGUGUCUAAACCGUCUUUAGCACUUCUCUCUGACACCUGUGAGAUGAAUUUUUAUGUUUGUGACAAACCAGGAAGUCUCAAAUGCAGGCUGUAUUGGGGCUUCUGUUUCACAGGUUAGGAGCCCCAUACAUCACUUAAGUGUCUUCUGUGUCUAAUGCAGUUUCAAUGCAUUGUGCAGUCUAAUGUUACAUCUGAGAAUUCGAGUUGUAACAUAACCCUGGCUAAUUUUAAUUCUCUUAUUUUGACAAAGGGAAAGCUGUUCUUUGCUGCUGUGCUUCCAUUCAUAGUCAGACUGACUUUUAUUUAAGAUAAAUUUUAUAUUGUCUAUUUUUCUGGGAAAGAAAAUGUUAUUCAGGGAGAAAAUAUUUACAAAUGAAAUCUAAUCAUUCCUUUUUUAACAUAACAUGCAGUAAAUACAGCUUUGCCUGCUCUUGCAUGUUUUCUGCAUUUGUUAAAAUGAGCAGAGUGUAAUUUUUCAACUAACUACAUUAAGAUUGUCCAUUAUCCACACCAACGUUUGUGAAAAUAAUUUUACCCCCGUCUCAUUAAUGCAAGUCAAAACAUCUCACUCACCAUAAUAUCUUUUUAGUAUAAUUAUAUUGAGCUUCUAGACCAAUAUUUUUUUAAUGCUUACUGUUAGAAUAGAGAUUACAUCAGCUUUCUAUCUGGAACAGGCCCGUCUGUUAACGGUGAGGAUUUUUCCUAAUCUUCCCGUUUCCAUCUUUGUAAAGAAACAUAGUGGUAUUUUAGUGGGCUAACUUGUCUUGUAUAUACAAUAUGUCUAAAUAAAGCCUUAGAAAGUC